AUGGCCGAGAAGUGCGACUGCCUGGCCAGCAUGUACGGCUACGACCUGGGCUGCCGCUUCGUGAACUUCCGCCCGCUGGGCUUCGGGGCCAACGGGCUAGUGCUGUCGGCCCUGGACAGCCGCAGCUGCCGCAAGGUGGCCGUGAAGAAGCUGACGCUGGGCGAUGCGCGCAGCAUGAAGCACGCCUUCCGCGAGAUCAAGAUCAUCCGCCGCCUGGACCACGAGAACAUCGUCAAGGUCUACGAGGUGCUGGGCCCCAAGGGCGCCAACCUGCGCGGGGACUUCUUCAAGUUCAACAUGGUGUACAUCGUGCAGGAGUACAUGGAGACGGACCUGGCGCGGCUGCUGGAGCAGGGCAAGCUGGCCGAGGAGCACGCCAAGCUCUUCAUGUACCAGCUGCUGCGCGGGCUCAAGUACAUCCACUCGGCCAACGUGCUGCACCGCGACCUCAAGCCCGCCAACAUCUUCAUCAGCACCGAGGACCUGGUGCUGAAGAUCGGCGACUUCGGCCUGGCCAGGAUCGUGGACCAGCACUACUCGCACAAGGGUUACCUCUCUGAAGGUUUGGUGACCAAGUGGUACCGCUCCCCCCGUCUCCUCCUGUCGCCCAACAACUACACCAAAGCCAUCGACAUGUGGGCAGCUGGCUGCAUCCUGGCAGAGAUGCUCACCGGCAGGAUGCUCUUUGCUGCCAUUGAUUUUCUGGAGAAGAUCCUGACGUUUAACCCCAUGGAUCGCCUGACGGCCGAGAUGGGCCUGCAGCACCCCUACAUGAGCCCCUACUCGUGCCCCGAGGACGAGCCCGUGUCCCAGCACCCGUUCCGCAUCGAGGACGAGAUCGAUGACAUCCUGCUGAUGGAGGCCAACCAGAGCCAGAUGUCCACCUGGGACAGGUACCACAUCAGCCUCUCGUCCGACCUGGACUGGAGGCACGACAAGCACCACGAGAUGGACGAGGUGCAGCGCGACCCCCGCGCAGGGUCCGAGUCCGCCGCCGAGGAGGCGCAGGUGGACCCGCGGAAAUACUCGCAGAGCAGCUCGGAGCGGUUCCUGGAGCUGUCCCACUCGUCCAUGGACCGAGUGUUCGAUGCCGACUGUGGCAAGUCGUGCGAUUACAAAGUGGGAUCGCCCUCCUACCUGGACAAGCUGCUGUGGAGGGACAGCAAGCCCCACCACUACUCGGAGCCCAAGCUGAUCUUGGAUUUAUCCCACUGGAAGAGGGCAGCCAUAGCGCCCGCAGCUGAGCUGUCGCUGGAAGAGGAGCCGUCCAACCUGUUUCUGGAGAUCGCCCAGUGGGUGAAGAGCACGCAGGUGGGGCUGGAGUGCCCCAGCUCCCUCCCGGAGAUGCAGGAGCGGAGCCUGCCCUCCUCCCCUCACCGCCUGCACCAGGAGCCCGCCCAGGUGAGCGGCGAGACCGACCCCGAGUUCGACCUGGACGUCUUCAUCUCCAGGGCUCUGAAACUUUGCACAAAGCCCGAGGAUCUCCCGGACAAGCAGCUCAACGAGAUCAACGGGGCGUGCAUCUCGGAGCACCCCGGGGACAUGGUGCAGGCGGACGUGUUCCAGAAGGAGCGGUGGUGA